AUGGCAGAUGGCGCUGUUCUCCGGGUCCCACCUCCCCACGAGAUUAUCAUUGUUCCCCCUCCCGAGCACCAAACCCACCAUGCCCUCCUCCAGCAGUGUAUCCAAGUUAGGAUCGCCGUUUUUGUCACAGAACAAGGGUUUCCGCUGGAAGUUGAAGUAGAUGAACAUGAUCCGACAGCCACACAUUGCUUGUUAAGACUUUUACCGUCCCUCGAGCCUAUAGGGACAAUUCGUGCCCACAAAGUGGAAAGCGCAGGCGGCUCAUACUAUAAACUUGCAAGGCUCGUCGUUCUAAAGGAAUACCGACAUUGUAAAUUCGGACGCAAUCUUGUGCUUGCAUUGCAUAAUUGGGCAAAGGUUGAUGCCAGAAAUUCAGGGGUAACUGACCAUGUCAAGAUGGUCUGCCACUCGCAAGCAGUCCGUGCAAAUUCGGCUGGUGCUGUAGCGUUUUAUCGCAAGUACGACGUCAUUGUCAACCCUAUUUGGAAACCUGACUUACCGCCGGUUAUUCUUCUUAGGUUUGGUUACGAGGAACAGGGCGAUCUGUUCGAUGAAGAUGGUGAACCGCAUCAGAAGAUGGUCGCCCGAUUAUCAUUAGAAGAGUAA